ACGGUGAGUUUGGUGAAAUGGGAAUCGAAAGCUUGACGAAGAGUUCGAUGGAGAAGACAAGGGAGGCUUUUGGGUUGACGAAAGAGGAAUCGGAGGCUGUAUCGCAACUCACAAUUCACCCUCGACAAGCAAAUUCCGGUCCGAGCUUCUACGAGGCCUUCGCCCUCGGGGGUAUUCGUGUCGAUCGAGUGGAGCCUGGUUUCGUUGCUUGUACCUUCAAGGUUCCCCCACGCCUCACUGAUGCAAGUGGAAAUUUGUCCUCAGGUGCUAUUGCGGGUUUAGUGGAUGAGGUUGGAGCAGCUGCGAUUCAUAUUGAAGGUCUUCCAAUUGAAGUAUCAGUGGACAUGUCGAUUGCUUACCUCUCAGCUGCCAGGGCUGAUGAUGAAUUGGAGGUUACCUCUAAGGCUUUGGGGCAUAAGGGAGGCUAUUUUGGAACAAUUGUUCAACUGAAAAACAAAGCAACUGGAGAAAUUGUUGCUGAAGGUCGGCAUUCAUUGUACGGUAAAGCUCGAAGCAAAAUCUGAUGCCACUCACUGUGGUACAUGAGUAUAAUCAUCAAAUCCUGCGGGGGGUAACACUUCUUCCAUGUUCCACUUUUGUACAUUAAGCACUUAAUUUGCUAUGUCUUUGUACUCUCUUUCAACGAAAUAAUAUUUCAUUUACGGUA